AUAUCCUAGUAAAGUAGAAUAUGUCCGUAUUCUCGAUCGAUUGGAAGAAGGGUGCUUGUAAUGGUGGAGCUUCACUUCUCGAGUACGCUGGAUAUUUCAAGGCUGUUGAAAAUACACGUGAAGUUGGACGAUAUGUCGCUAAUUUUACUAAGAUACUCGUAGAAGAAUAUAAAAUACCGCUUGCAAAUAUACUAUUGAUUGGGCACAGUUUGGGCGCACAGGUUGCAGGUUUUGCAGGGAAAGCACUUCAAAAAUUAAUAGGAAAAUAUUAUCAAAUUGUCGGGCUCGAUCCUGCUGGGCCAUUUUUCAAUUUGAAUAGUUGUUCGCAAAGAAUCUGUGAGACAGAUGCACGUUAUGUUCAAAUUAUACAUUCAUCAGUCCCAUUAGGAACAGAGAGAACUCUUGGUACAAUUGAUUUCUAUAUGAAUAAUGGAAUUUUUCAACCCGGUUGCAAUGUAGUCGAUGCAUCCUGCUCUCAUACGAAAGCUGUACUAUACUUUACCGAGUGCAUAAAUCGUGAAUGUUGUUUAAUUGGAAUACCGUGGAAAGAUCGCUCGCAAUCUAUUUCGACCUGCACAAAGGACAAGUGCGUUUGUGUUGGAUUAAAUGCAAAUAAUUAUCCUGGUAGAGGCAAAUUUUAUGUACCAACUAAACGCGAUGCUCCUUAUUGCAAUAACAAUGGCACAGUACUUUAAUUUUAAAAAAUGUUACUAUAAAACUAUAUACAUGUAUUAUUGAAGAAUAAAUAAAUAAAUAUUAAUAAAAUUUC